GAAAUUCUUAUCGAACAGGACGUUGAGUUAUUCGCCGAUCGCAUUUUGAGCGUAAUUUGGCUACAUGCCAUCUCGUGAAUAAUUUGAGACUGGCGUUGCUAAUAAGCCAUGACCGCUACUGAUUAUGUUAACUGCAGCAGCAUAGCAGUAAUAUUGCAUCCCGCCACCCUUGUCGUGACUUAGGCUAUGUCCGCGGUGGAAAGGAAGGACGAAUUCGAACUUGACGGAGACGAUGAUGAUAUCGACGAAAAUGAGCUACGACGACAAGAGGAGGCUUAUCAGCGCCAAUAUGAAAAUGAACAAACAUGGGACCAGCUUCAAGAGGACGAAUUCGGCAAUCUCUUUGUGGACAAGACCGCCGAGCAGCGUGCGCGCCGGAAGCGGCUGCUGUCAGCAGCCCAGAGCGCACGCAUCCGAAAGGGCAUGAUCCGUUACCUCCUGCUGGUGGUGGACAUGUCCCGCGCCGCCAAAGCCCAGGACCUCCGCCCCAACCGGCUGGCCUGCAUCCUGGGCCUGUGCCGCUCCUUCAUCCGCGAGUUCUUCGACCAGAACCCCCUUAGCCAGCUGGGUAUCGCGGUGAUGCGGGGGGGCCUUGUGGAGAAGCUGACAGACCUGUCCGGAAGUCCGGAGGCGCAAGUGGCCAGAUUGGAUGCGGCGAAGCUGGGUGCACCCGCGGGUGACGUCUCCCUCCAGAACGCACUGGACCUGUCCGUGUCCGUGCUCCGCUCCCUGCCGCCGUACGGCCACCGGGAGCUGCUGGUGGUGUUCGCGGCCCUGGCCACGUGCGACCCAGGGAACGUGCUGGACAGCGUGCGGGCCUGCAAGGAGAACAACAUACGCGUGUCAGUGGUGGGUGUUGCAGCCGAGGUUUACGUGUGUCGCCGCAUUACUGAGGACACCAGGGGCAGCUACGGAGUGGCGCUCAAUGAGGCCCACCUGGAGCAGCUGCUGAUGGCACACACCACACCGCCGCCAGCAACCGCGGCACAGGCAAAGGCGGAGCUGGUGCGGAUGGGCUUCCCGCAGCGAAGUACUGAGGAGGCCUCCAGCGCCGUGUUUGUGGGUUUAGAGGCGAGGUUACUGUCCGGCAGCUAUACGUGUCCCCGCUGCAAGUCACGGGUCCCGGAGCUGCCCUGCGAGUGCCACAUCUGCGGCCUCACGCUCAUCUCGUCGCCGCACUUGGCCCGCUCGUAUCAUCACCUCUUUCCGGUGCCUUCCUUUCACGAGGAUAGCAAGGAACGGGCUUCAGAGGCGGCGGCUGUCCUCCGUGGGCAGCCGGCCAUGCGGGAUGAGGUGCCAACAUCGACGGGACUCUAUUGCUUCGGGUGCCUUAGGGAGGUUUCGCAGCCGGGUGCCGCUGGGCAGUUACAUCUAACUUUACGCUGCGGGCAGUGCAAACAGGUUUUCUGCUUCGAGUGCGAUGCGUAUGUUCACGAGCAACUGCACAACUGCCCGGGUUGUGAAUUUGGUGGGACGUAGUGUUGAAAGUGUAUGUGCAGUUGGACAUUUUAAUGAAAAUUCUUG